AUGGAACCAAAGCUUCGAGUCAACACGACCAACGUUUUUAAGUACAUCCAUCCCUGCUACGUAUUAGAUAAUACAAUAUACACAUUUGCAAUUAAUCCAUCAAUUGUAUGCGUUGCUUUGUAUGUUUUUCUCGGCUUAUUGUCUGUUUGCACAAUAUGUGGAAACCUUCUUGUGAUAAUCGCUGUCAUUUACUUCAGACAGCUCCACAGCCCGACUAACUACCUCAUUCUGUCUUUAGCUGUGGCCGAUCUGCUUGUGGGGAUUCUAGUUUUCCCUUUCAGUAUGGCGUUCACUGUGUUCUCCUGUUGGUAUCAUGAAGGCCUGUUUUGUAAAAUACGAGGUAGCUUUGACGGCACGCUGAGCACAGCUUCGAUUUUAAACUUAUGCUGUAUUUCUAUUGACAGAUACUAUGCAGUGUGCCAGCCUCUGACUUACAGAAGCAAAAUAAAUCAUCAUGUUACUGGCAUCAUGAUCCUAAUAACCUGGGGUGUUUCCUUGUUAAUAGGAAUUGGUAUCACAGUUGCAGGAUUUGAUCAAGGAAAAUGUGAAGAAAGCUGUUUAAUGGAUGCUUUGAUAUCAACCAGCCUGGGGUGCAUAUUUUCCUUCAUUAUCCCCAUCAUUAUUAUGCUUAGUAUCUACUUAAGAAUAUUUAUUGUCGCACAGAGACAAGUACGGAUCAUCCAGACUACAACAUGUCAGAGUACAAAGUCAGGAACUGUCAGUAAAAUGGAGAGAAAAGCUACCAAAACUCUGGCUAUAGUUAUGGGAGUUUUUAUUCUAUGUUGGACACCUUUCUUCAUUUACAUCAUUUUUCAGCCUUUGACCUUUGGUGUAACUCCGAUUGCUGUGAUCGAAACACUAAACUGGCUUACGCUUUCUAAUUCAAUGCUUAAUCCUUUCAUCUAUGCUUUCUUUUACAGCUGGUUCAGAACAGCUUUCAGACUGAUCAUCACCGGAAAGAUAUUUCAUGGUGAUUUUACCAACACAAAACUGCUUUGA